AUGGCGCAGACAGUUGAGUGGGUGAAGGUGUCGCUGGGCGACGACCUGCGCCGCAUGCGCGUGAGCCAGACAUUCGAGCAGCUGCGGUCGCGUGUGCAGGAGGCGUUCCACCUCGCAGGCACCGCGUUCACCCUCAAGUGGGUUGAUGAGGACGGCGACCUCAUCACCCUUGCCGACGACACAGACCUGAUUGCCAUGCUGGCGCACCCAAAGGCGUGCGUUCGCGCAUAUGUGCAGCUCGAUGGCAGCGGCAACGACGCAGGCCCAAGCUCAUCGCCUUCCCGCCGCGGCCACCGCAAGAGCGACCACAAGAAGAAGGACAAGAAGGAACACAAGAAGAAGGAACACAAGAAGAAGGAACACAAGAAGAAGGAACACAAGAAGAAGGAACACAAGAAGAAGGAACACAAGAAGAAGGACAAGGAGCGCAAGCACACUCAGAAGGAACGCGGGCAGGCCAAGCAUUCUCCUGGUGUCCGUGAUGCUGAGGAGCAAGACCACGGCCCACACUCUGCCGGCCCUUCGAGCCACACAACGACGGUCACUUCCACUCAGGCACCGACCACCACGAGCACGACAACAACCACGACAUCCAGGGCUUCCGCCAGCGCCAGCACGCCCGACGGCAACGUGGUGUCCAUCGACGUGUCUGGGGAGGCGCCGUUUCAAUCGCUGAUUGAGGCAACGGAGCAGCUCAUCCGGCAGUACACGGGCAUGAGCGGGUCUGUGGAGGUUCGCCUCGACCAGCCCGCCACCCGUUUCGUCCCACAGCAGCAAGAGGAAGAGGAAGAGGAGCAAGAGGAGCAGGAGGAGCAAGAGGAAGAGCAGGUGGCCACGUUUGAGGUGCACGAGGUGGAGGCCCACGAGCAAGCCGAGCCCCAAGUAUCGCAGCAGCAGCAGCAUGAGUAUGUGUUUGUGGAAUUCCCUACUGACGACGACGAUGAUGAAGAUGAUGAAGAAGGUUUGGACGUGGAUGCGGAUGUGACGCCGCGUGUGGAAGCGAUUGUGCUGGAGACUGCCACUCCAGAGCCAACCCAGACAACAACAGAGGCACCGGCAACAAUGACCGCAUCCAAGGACCUCCUCGUCUUCUCCACCCACAACGACGACGACGACGACGACGAUGAGAAUGAUGGCGACGACGGCCGUGCUGUGGACGAGGGUGAUGCUGGGCUCGACCGGCUCAUCGCUGCUGCGCUGGCUGAAGCAAAGGAGGAGGAUGCAUCGUCGCGUGGCUCCUCUUCAUCAUCCGAUGACGAUGACUUGGAGAUUGUCUCCACUGCAGAUGUGCUUGCAAGCAUCCAGGCUGAGCACGAGCAGCAGGAGGAGAACGACAACCAAGGACAAGGCGACGACGGCAGCGCUGUGCCUGCAGGCAGUGAUGAUGGGGAAGAUGACUCUGCUUCCUCGUCGUCCGACAGCGACUACAACGAAGGGUUUGAGCUGGUGGACGUGCCAACAGCCCAGCAGAGCCACAACCGCGAUGAUCACAUGGAUGAGGACGAAGACGAGGAUGAGGAUGCGGGUGAGGUGAUCAUGAUGGCUAACGUGCCAGCAGACCAGCUACAGCAGCAGCAGCAGCAGCAGCGACGCGACGAGGAGAAGAACCAGACAUCAGCAGCUGUGACCACCUCUUCGACCCUGCUGCCACCACCAGGCCCUGUCUCAAGCUGGCCAACCUUUGUCCCAUCCUACCACAAGCAACAGCAGCAGCAGCAGCAGCAGCAGCAGCAGCAGCAGUCUGGCGCUGCAACGCGCCCGCGGGCCAGCACAGCCCCAUCCACAACGCAGCCGCCAGCAACGACGACGACGACGACAACGACGACAACAGAGGACAGGCGGAGUGAGGAGGGGAAGGAGGAGCAGCAGAGGUCAUCAGCGCCAACCUCGGGCACGUCCUCUUCCCUGUAUCCGCUGCUGCCGCCGCCUGUACCCAUGGUGCACACGACCCGCCACCAGUCCGCCCACACCCAGCACCACCAGAGCCAUCAGAGCCAUCAGAGCCAUCAGAGCCAGCACCAGCAGCACCACCAGCAGCACCAGUGCGCCAGCGUGAAUGGCCCGAGCGGUGAUGUGCGUCCGCAGUCGUCAUCAUCGUCAGCAGUGUGGUGCCCAUCACCCUCAUCAUCAUCGUCGUCGGCGUCGUCAUGGAACACGGUCUCGGCACCGGCUCCCGCGUAUGACCUGCGCAAUGCGUUUGCGGCCCUGUUUGCACCAGACCAGACGCCAGCGCCAAUCAACCAGCAGCACUCCACGCACCACUACCAGGCAGUGCAACAACAACAACAACAACAACAACAGCAACAACAACAACAACAGCAGCAGCAGCAGCAGCAGCCAGCGAAGAGAGUGCAUUGGGGAGCGACACCAAGCUACCACACCCAUGCGCGGGACCAAUAUGCCCAACCGCCGGCGCCGGCACAGGUGUCACGUCGGCCUCGCAUGCCAUCUGGCUCCACGGCAUUUGACCGCCAGCUGAGCCAGCUUGUGGCCAUGGGCUUUGAUGAGCGCAAGCACCGCCUGAUCCAGCGCCUGCGCCGCCACAAGGGCGACGUGGCCGCCGUUAUUGACGACAUUGUCAGGCAGUGA